AUGCCCGAGCCCAAGGCGGAUCGUUACAGGCUGGUCCGGCUAACGAUUUCGGAUACUGCAACAAGCGAGCUUCUUAGCGAGUACCUGUUGGAGCUGGGUGCAGUAUCGGUGUCGCUGGAGGCGCACAACUCGGCUCAUGGUAAGCGCCCUACCGGAGAUGCCGCGCUUGCUGCGGAAACGUGGGCACGUCCGCACUGGACCAUUACCGACGUAGUCGCUAUGGUACCGCAGGAAAUCCGAACGGAGGCGCUGCUUCAGGCGGCAGCAACGGUCUUUCCUGAAGUCAUGGAGGUACCUGUGGUAGAGCAACCAGUCGAUAGUAGUCGCGAUUGGGUGCGAGCUGUUCGCGAAUCCUUUCAGCCACUGCUCAUCGGCGAGCGGCUUCUGGUUCGGUUUCCGUGGAACACGGAAGUGUCGGUGCGGUCUCUGCUCGAUGGCGAUGGGAAGGAGCGCGUACAGCUCACCAUCGAGCCUGGAGCUGCCUUUGGGACGGGCGAGCAUCCCACAACGCAGCUGUGCGCCCGCUGGCUGGAGUUGCAUGUGCAGCCUGGAUCCCGCGUACUGGACUACGGCAGUGGCUCGGGAAUCCUGGUGAUGUACGCGUGCAAGCUCGGUGCCGACCCAGCGCGCAGCGUCGGCAUCGAUAUCGACGAAGAAGCGAUCGCCGUCGCCAAACGCGAUGCAGUGCGGAAUCAGCUGGACGGUCUCGUAUUUGCGACUCCAGACGAAGCGGAACACCUGCUCCAGGAGCAGCGCUUCGAUCUUCUGGUGAGCAACAUUCUGGCUCCGACACUGCAAGAGCUUGCGCCAAGGUUUUGUAGCCUCGUGCGCACUGGCGGCCGGAUUGCACUUUCCGGGAUGCUCGCUGCACACACGGCUGCCGUAUGGGCAUCCUAUGCUGCCGAUUUUCACCUCGAGGAGAGUUUUGUGCAGGACGAGUGGGUCUUAGUGAGCGGUAUUCGGCGUCGUUGA